AUGAAAAUGAAGGCCAUCUUCUUCCUCCUGUCUCUAGCCCUGUGCCUCACCCUAUUGCCCCAACCAACAAUCGCCAAAAACCACAUCAACCACCUAAUAGCCAAAAUCUGCAGACAAUCUGGUAACUGCACAUUCAGCCUUAAAUCGAACCCUGUUGAAGGCCAACGAGCAGACCUGGUCAGCGUCACAUUGAUCGCUAUUAGGCUUGCGUCGGACAAUGCUGUGGAAACAUCUUCUCACAUCAAGAGCUUGCUUAAUAACACAGCUGAUAUGGACCCUUCCAUUGAGCAGGGGCUUUUUGAUUGCUCUGAUCAAUACUUGGAUGCGAUCGAGCAGCUGAAUAACUCGAUGGCGGCCUUGGUAGAGAAUGAUUACAAGGAUUUGUACGUGUGGAUUAGUACAGCAAUGAGUGAUGCAGAGUCAUGUGAGGAUGGAUUCAAGGAUGUUAAGGAUCAUCCCUCUGUGCUAACUGAUAGGAAUAACCAGUUUAGCCAAUUGUGCAAAGAUGCCUUGACUGUAUCCAAACAUUUGUUGACAAACUGA